AUGACUGAGCAAUGCCCGUUGCAGACUGCAAUGCCGCAAAACACCACCACGACAAUGAGCAUCUACGUCGCCAACCUGCCCGGAUCAGUGUCCGAGGCAGACCUCUUUGAGCUAUUCAAACCGCACGGUCCUCUCAAGGUGAUCAAAAUCCCACGCGACCCCAAGUUGCGCACUCCUCUUGGCCAUGCCUACGUCACCUUCUACAACCCCGACCACGCCGACGCCGCUCUCGGGGCGCUGAAAGAGACGGAGCUCGGCGGACAACAGGUCACGUGCGCUCUCACCGAGGAGGUGCCCUCUUCGGCCUCGUCCAUGUCGACGCCGCCGUCUUCGGCACAUUCGCCCAUCGACCCUGCGCGCGCGGUGUUUGUGCGCGACACACGUGACGGCGUCGACGCCGCGACCACAAAAACAGCCCUCGAGUCGCUGGGCGCCGUGUCAUUGCAGCCGAAGGGCCCCAACGCGUUUGUGGCCGUGUUCCCGACUGCGGAGGAGGCGUCCAAGGUGCUUUCCGACGAGCUCGCUAACCUCGAAAUCUCGCCGGUUCGAGACCCCAAAACGCACUUUACCAAUCUGUUUGUGCGUGGGCUGUCACGGGAGACGACAGAAGAGGCGCUGCGGGCAGAGUUUGAGCGGUUUGGCGCCGUCACGUCGCUGCUGCUGCCCCUUGACGAGUCCCACCGUGCCAAAGGGUUCGGAUUCGUCAACUUUGAGGAGCACCGGGACGCGGUGACGGCGGUGGCGGCGCUGGAUGGCGCUGAGCUGUGCGGCGCGCGCAUUUCCGUGUCACGAGCGCAGUCCAAAGUGGAGCGCCAGGCAGAGCUCAAGCGCGCCUACGAGGCCAACCGCAUCGAACGAUUACGUAAUGCGCGGGGCACCAACCUGUACAUUACCAAUCUCAAUCCUGCCAUCAACAACGAGCGAUUGCGGGCGUAUUUCUCCAAGUUUGGCGAAAUCACGUCGGUUCGAAUCAUGCUCGAUGCGGUCGGCAACUCCAAGGGGUUUGGAUUUGUCUGUUUUCGCGACCCGGACCACGCCUCCAACGCCAUUGCCGAAAUGCACAACCGGCCGAUCGAGGGCAAUGUGUUGCAGGUGGCCAUUGCGCACAAGAAGGACCCCCAGAGCGCGCCGUAUUCGUUGGGCAAGCGGUUCCCGCCAUCAGUGGGCGGAGCGGUGCCGGUUGUGGGGAUGCAUGGGGGUAUUCCUGGGGGUAUGCCGAUGCACUCGGCGCCCAACAUGCAUCACGUGCCGCCGCAUUUGGUGCCGCCGCAUUUGAUGCAGUCUCAUAUGGUGCAGUCUCACAUGAUGCCUAUGGGUCCAAUGGUUCCGAUGCAUCAGAUGGGGCCGGUGAUGAUGCGAAGAGACGGUGGUGGUAAUCCCGUCAACCCCGGUGGCUCCACCAAUAUUGGCAACUCCACCAACUCCACCAACUCCUCCAACCCCGGAAAAUUCAAAAAACGCCAGCCUAUGCUCCAGCCGUACGGCAACAUUGCCGCCAGUGUCGCGGCUGCCGCCACGCCUCAGGCCGCCAAGGAAAUCGUCGGCGAAACGCUGUAUCCCAUUGUUCAGCGGCAUCCGGCAAUUGGCAAGGACGCCGACACCACGGCGCACGUGACGGGCAUCAUGCUGCAGCACGACAAUGCCGAUAUUCUCAGCUGGCUGGAGGAUGAGCAGUUGUUGAACAAGCGCAUUCAGCAAGCCAGUGAUGCGUAUCGGGAGUGGCUUGAGGAGAGGGAGGGGCAAGAUGAGGCGAAGCAAGACGAGGCGUAG